AUGCAGAUCCGCAAUCUUCAUAUACCUGUAUUGGCAAGAAAGGGCUUCGUCGAUGCUGUGGGCAACACACCGCUUAUCAAGCUCAACCGGCUAUCGCAGAAACUUGGCCGCAACAUUUUUGGUAAAGCUGAAUUCCAGAACCCCGGUGGUUCAGUGAAAGAUCGAGCUGCAUUAUACCUGAUCGAGCAAGCUGAACGCAAUGGCCAGAUAGAUCCCUCGAGGGUAGCUACAAUUGUAGAAGGUUCUGCUGGUAACACUGCGAUUGGUCUUGCGCAUAUUGCACGCUCCAAAGGCUACCGCUCUGUGUUCUACAUGCCCAAUACGCAAUCACAGUCAAAGAUCAAUCUUCUCAAGUAUUUGGGCGCCGAAGUGCACGCUGUACCGGUGUGUCCAAUCACAGACCCUCUAAACUUCAACAACCGAGCACGUGACCACGCCAAGAGGUUAGAUAACGCAGUUUGGACCGAUCAAUUCGACAACGACGCCAAUUGGAAAUCCCACUAUGCAACUACAGGUCCUGAAAUCUGGGAUCAGCUCAAGUCGGGUGGAUUGACUUGUGAUGCGUUCACCUGCUCCACCGGUACUGGAGGUACUUUCACUGGUGUCGCAAAAUAUUUGAAAGAGGCAUCAAACGGGAAAUGCAAGCUGGUAGUUGCUGAUCCUCCAGGAUCUGUUAUAUAUUCUUAUGUGAAAACUGGGCAAAUGAAUCGCGAGGGUUCAUCUUUUACUGAGGGGAUUGGACAGGGGCGCAUUACAGAGAAUUUGAAGGCAUCUUUGGACUGUAUCGACGAUGCAGAGUUCAUUCCGGAUGAAGAAAGCAUCGUUAUGUUAUACAGAUUGCUUGACGAGGAAGGUCUUUUCUUAGGAGGCACUUCUGGGCUAAACGUAGUCGCUGCUUGUAAGGUGGCUGAGAGUUUGCCCGAAGGCAGUAGCGUGGCCACGAUCUUAUGUGACUCGGGCCACAAAUACGCGGAUAGAAUAUUCUCUAAGAAAUGGUUGAAAGAAAAGAGCCUAUAUGAAUGUAUUCCAGACUCUUUGAAGAAGUAUAUCACGUUAGAGUAA